GAACCUUUAACUUGUUUUUCUUCCCUGUCUAUUGGACAGACGACAACAUGGCGGUUCGUGGUGCUAUGAUAUGUCUGCUAUUUUCUGUGUUGUUACAAUGUGUACAAAGUUAUAAACUGAAUCGCCUAAUAAAUGAGUUCUACAUCACAGCUGAUUUAAACUCGUGCUCUAACUUGGGAGGAAAAUGUCAGAAUGACACGAAACAGUGCGAUGGUUCCUAUAUCACCGCCAGCUGUACCGGGGGUGCCACACAGAAGUGCUGUCUUGCAAAAAUUCAAGUACAAGACACAGGAGAAUGUCAGGGCCUUCCAAUUUUAUCACGUGAUACGUGGGGAGCGGCUCGUCCCAAACUGAUAGAGAAUCUGACGUUACCAAUGACCAUGUUCUUCAUACACCAUACCGACACAAAGACAAACCACUGCUACGACACGGAAUCUUGUUCAGCUGUUAUGAGAGCCAUCCAACGAUUUCACAUGAACGACCGGGGUUGGGAAGACAUUGCUUACAGUUUUCUGAUUGGUGGCGAUGGUCAGGUGUACGAAGGCCGCGGCUGGGACCGUGUGGGAGCACACACCUAUCGUUAUAAUUACGUGUCGCUGGCUGCGGCAUUCAUUGGAACAUUUAACGAUACAAUGCCGCCCGCACCGGCAGUGACGUCAGCUCGUAAACUUCUGAAGUGUGGCGUUUACAGGAAUGCAAUCACGUCUACCUACAGUCUGUACGGCCACCGUGACGUCAGAGAUACCACAUGUCCCGGCUACACGUUGUAUAAUGCGAUCAGGAAAUGGCCACACUAUAAUGUUACUACAGACAGAGAUGGACCCUGCUUACAGAAAGGUGGCAUUUGUGGUCCUACAUAUCUUACUUGCCGAGGCACAUAUCAAAAGGGUCUGUGUAAUGGUUAUUCAGGGCGGCAGUGUUGUAUUCCAAAUCAACACGCACCUGUCAACAAGCACCAACAGAGAUCCCCAAUUCCUGUCAGAAAACUACCAGCAUUCCUUAGUCAACACACACCUAUAAAAGGUUUUAAUUGUUUCGGAGAUUUCAUGCUUUUACGUCCGUCCGGAAGAAAGUCAGGAGGAGUGCCGGAGUCGCGGAGGGAAUUGGAUGCUCAUUACACUCUGGCUAACAACUAUCAUGGAUGUUUUUUGCAAGUCGGAAAUGAAGUUUGUCUACACCCAGCGGUCAUAGCGGGUGUCGCCAGCCGAGAAUCUAAUUUUGGAUUUUCUCUCACCCCCGAUGGAUGGGGGGACAACCACAAUGCUUAUGGAAUGAUGCAGUGUGAUGUCCGAAAAUGUCCCGUAUGUCGGUAUGGAGUAACAUGCACAACCUACAGGUUUGAUAGUUGUGAUCACAUCAGAAUGAUGACUACAGAUGUACUAGUACCAAACAUCAUGGCGGUCAAGAACAAGUUUCCGAACUGGUUACCACAGCAACACAUCCAAGGAGGUGUAGCUGCCUAUAACUUUGGGGUGAGUAACGUGAGAUCCUGGGCGAAUCUUGAUGUUGGAACGACGGGUGGAGACUACAGUAAUGACGUCAUUGCGCGCGCACAGUGGCUCGUAUCGGCACACAACUGGUAAAACUAUGCCCAGGGUGUGACAGCUUGAAGAAAAGAAUUGUUACUGGAAUCAGUGUUAUUAUCUAAAACGAGACAUAUCAACUGAUGAUAUUAUUGUAGCUACAAACAGAAUACUAGUCUUUUUUGGAUUUUCUGAUUUUUUUUAAAUUUUCCUAUAUAUAUGUUGAGAACGUUUUUCACUAGGCACACGUACCAUGAUACCCGUGAAAUUGUUCUAUUAACAAUAAAUUUAUUAUUAUUGGCCGCAGCAGCGGCGAUCUAUUUGUAGUUGUGUUGGGAUGAGCAAUGCUCAAGACAUUAUUUUUUCAUGCUGCAAUAAAGUUAUUCCUCACUGAAAGCAUACAUAAAAGAUGGAAAUAAAUGUUUCAAAAAAUUU